AUAUUUAAUUUAUAUCACCCCUGUUUAAUGUUAAUUUUGUAUUUAUAAUAUAUUGUAAGUGUAUUUAUAUUAAAAUGGAUGAAAUUAAUAUUUGCUGUAAAUAUAACUAGUGAAAUAUGUGUAGUAAGGAGGAGGAACUGAACCUUCUCCUGAGUAAAUUAGAUUUAGCAUUUGAAAAACAUUCAAAAAAGAAUGAAUUUAAUGAUAGUAAGCCGUUUGUAUCAACAUUUGAUGUUGAAUAUGACCAUGAUAAGGUUUUGAGCGGAGUAAAGAGUUUAAUGUCAAAGGGCUACUUAACCCUUGAAGAAAACAAAUCAAACACAUAUAUGUUGACCAAAGAGGGUGAAAAAUACUCCAAAAACAAUUCACCUGAGUACAUUCUGGUCCAGAAGGUCAAGGAAUCUAAUGUUUUAACCGUUGACGAGGCUCUCAAAUCUGUUGAAAAUGCGGAUAUUGGCUUGAAGAAGUGUAUGAAGAAUAAGUAUCUUAAACUUGAGGAUAAGGUGUUAUCCCUCGGAUUAAACUCCUUGGAUUCUGAUUUAACUCAGAGUUUACUGUUAGUAGUUGGAAAUUAUGGAAAAUGUGAGCCUUCUAUGAUGUUGGAGCUUUCGAAAUUGAUUCCUGAUAAGAAGAAAUUGGACGAAGAAUUGGGUGAUUUGAAGAAGAGAAAGCUGGUGACAUCUAGGAUUACGGUGUGCUAUAACGUACGGAAGACCGAUGAGUACAAGUCCUCGGUAAGGCCUCAAAUUACUGAUUUGACUAUGGAGUUACUGGAGAGUGGGAAGUGGGAGGAAGCAGAAAUUAAAAAGUACAACUUCUUCUCAAGUGGUAAAAAAGCACUUAAUGGAGAUUUACACCCUUUGAUACAUACAAUGCAGGAAUUUAGAAGAAUUUUAAUAUCGAUGGGAUUUGAGGAGUUGGAUACUAGUAGAUAUUUGGAGUCUAGUUUUUGGUGUUUUGAUAGUCUUUACAUACCACAACAGCACCCAGCAAGGGAUAUCCAGGACACAUUCUUCCUUGAUAACCCUGAAAAAAUUGAUCCUAAGUUUCUAGAUGAGGCGCAUGUUAAAAACGUGUCAGUAGCCCAUGGAGAUGCCAGGGUGUAUAACAGCUUUGGAUGGCAAUAUAACUGGGACCUUGAUGAAUCGCUUAAGACAAUUUUAAGAACACAUGUAACUCCAUGCACUGCAAGGAAACUUAAACAAAUGGCAGAUGAUUACCAGAAGGGGAAGCCUAUUGUUCCUUGUAAAUUCUUUGCAAUUGAUAAAGUCUUCAGAAAUGAAGCCACUGACUCUACACAUCUCUGUGAAUUCCAUCAGAUUGAGGGGUUUGUUGUGGGUUUUGACCUCGGACUAGGAGAUUUGAUGGGUGUUAUGGAAACAUUCUACGGAGCGAUAGGAAUAGAUCCUCUGAGGUUCAAACCAGCUUUUAACCCUUAUACGGAGCCCUCAAUGGAGAUAUUCGGCUUCCAUAAGUCACUUAAUACCUGGAUAGAAGUUGGAAACAGUGGUAUUUUCAGGCCCGAAAUGCUCCUUCCCAUGGGACUCCCAGAGAAUCUGACAGUAAUUGCAUGGGGACUCUCUUUAGAAAGGCCAACAAUGCUAAGCCAUAACAUUAAAAACAUUAGAGACUUAAUCGGCUGUAAAUACUAA